UGUCGUCGGGGUCACUUGUGUCUUCCCCAUCGACUUGGCAAAGACGAGGUUACAGAACCAGAGGCAAGGUCAGCAGGUCUACAAGAGCAUGAUGGACUGCCUUGUCAAAACAGUUCGAUCAGAGGGCUACUUUGGCAUGUACAGAGACAUGGGUCCCCCUGGGAUGAUAUUGAAGGCUAGCCGAUAAGGCGCAGCCACGCUGGAGGCAAAUCAUUAAUGGUUCUUACUAUAUUGCUCUAUUCAAAACUACAGGCAACAUAUGUUGUUUUUGCCAUCUAAGUGUCCCUUCUCUCUCUGCUCUGUUCCUUCCUGACUAUGAAGUGUGUCUUUUGUAUGCUUUGUUUGAGCAUGCAAAUGAAUCGAGUAAUGAAAACUCACUUUUGCCCAAAGUCUGAGCACACUGACUAGUCAACUGUUUGUCCUCUCCUGUCACUAACAUCUUUUAUGUUGUCUGUGCAUCUUUUUUGUGUCACCACACAAUGUGGGGCUGUGCUCUUAAAGCUACUUCCUGUUUGCAUCUUACUUUUUAUUUUGUCAUCAUGUCUUUUGUCUCAAACCUCCUUUCUUGAACUCUUCUUCUCAUUCUAUGACUGAAGCUCAGUGUCAACCUUUUUGUGUUUUAUUAGCCUCAUAUAGGACUCUUGACAUUCUAGUGUUGUAAUGAUAAUGGUGGGGAACGUUUUGUUUUUGUGCAUGUGUGAAAGUCAUGGUCGUAACUUCAGUUCUAAUUUACUUUUUUCCUCCCUCAGGCGCCGCUGUGAAUUUGACUUUGGUGACCCCCGAGAAGGCCAUUAAGUUGGCUGCUAACGACUUCUUCCGCCACCACUUUGCAAAAAACGGUCAGGGGUUGACUGUGUUCAAAGAGAUGCUGGCUGGUUGUGGUGCUGGCAUGUGUCAAGUCAUUGUCACCACGCCCAUGGAGAUGCUCAAGAUACAGUUGCAAGAUGCUGGCCGACUCGCUGCCCAGCAACAAAAGCCUGUCAUUGCAUCUCCCACAAAGCUGGUAGCUACCAACACUCUGCUCAGCCGUUCCUACAACUCUUGCACUCUGGUGGCGCCUCCUCGGGCCGUGUCCGCCACGCAGAUAGCCAAGGAGCUCCUUCAGACGCAGGGCAUCCAGGGCCUCUACAAAGGCCUGGGGGCAACUCUGAUGAGGGACGUUCCCUUUUCAGUCGUCUACUUUCCCUUGUUUGCUAACCUGAAUAAGCUCGGCAAACCAUGCCCAGAUGAGUCCUCGCCCUUUUACUGGGCCUUCCUCUCAGGCUGCAUUGCAGGUUCUACCGCUGCAGUGGCAGUCAACCCCUGUGACGUGGUGAAGACCAGACUGCAGUCCCUGAGCAAAGGCUCGACUGAGGAGACUUACAGCGGAGUAGUGGACUGUGUGAGCCAAAUAAUGCGCAAGGAGGGACCGUCAGCCUUCCUGAAAGGUGCCGGCUGCCGGGCCCUGGUCAUCGCACCGCUGUUCGGAAUCGCACAGGUCAUGUACUUUGUUGGUGUUGGAGAAUACAUCCUGGACAACUCUCCCCUCAGCAUGCUGUCGCCAUGAGAGCACGCCACCAUGCACGGAACCUAUUUUUAGAGCCAAGAAGAACAAGGAUGGACCGACUGGCAGCUACGAUCUAUCAGUUUACAUCCCCCAAAAAAGUGAGGACGGAAAGGUUCCAGGUGUAUGCUCCAAUAGCUGUGUUGCACUUAAACACUUUGGUGACUUAACUCAAUCAGCCAUGGCCCACAUUUGCACUUGAUGCUUGUCGUAGCCUUACUGGGUUCACGGGCGCAGAGUGGUAGUGUUAUUCCUCUGUGGUUUGUCCAAAAUGGUCCUUUUUUGCCCUCCCUCCAUGAGGGCGGGAGGAGCUGGGAGCCACUCAAUCAAAAGAGACUGUUUAGUUUCUUUUCAGUGCUUUCCAGUUUCAGUAUGUACUUGAUAUAUUUUGAGUGACUGAAUGCAGUAGUGUGCAGCUAUCUUUGUGUGUUGUCAUGUUACAGAGGCUUCGUUGAAGCCCACAGAAAUAGCAAGGGACUUUGUUACUUCUCAUCAUCAAUGUCGACACGGGACCACGCUGUCGUCGCGUCACUGUGAAUCUUACAUCCUUGCAAAGAUGCAUCCACGCACGUGUUUAUGAAUAUGUGUGUAAUGUCCACAUAGUCAAGUCUAUUUGCAUAUGCAUAUUAACAAAUUUCAGUCAUCCUGGAGUGAAAUGACUAUUACACUGAAACUGCUGUUUUUGUAUUAUGUAUGAUAUAUACAUUUAAAAAAUACAAUAUACUGUACUGUU